GGAAAGUGUGCUUCUUUUUUAAAAAUGACCUUGUCGGGGGUUGUCUAUAUGAAAGAGGCUUCUUACGUACACUCUAUUUUAAAUAGUAAACUCUCGAAGUACUGUGAUGGGUGUUUGAAAAGCAUUCCUAAUCUUUGGUCAUGCUCUUCUUGCAAAAUAAUGAUGUAUUGUUCCCGCGACUGUCAGCGUCUUAUGUGGCGUGUGCACAAACUUGAAUGUAAACAGUACAUUAAAUGUGGACGUCUACCGAUAGCCCCUGUCCGUCUUAUUUUAAGGAUUAUCAGUAUGCAGGUUUGUUUGUAACAUGCUUAUUAUUACGUCAGGACCCGAAGUGCCAUAUCGAUUCUCUUAUCUCCCGUAAAUACUCGUAGAUAUUGAUAUCUUUUUUUAGACGAAAACGAAAUACGCAAUAAUUCUAAACUUAUGGAAAAGUACCACACAAUGAGGCUAACCCUAUGGGAAUUUUUGGGUGGGGAAGUGUUUGCGAAUGAGGGAACUCUUUUCCAAAUAUUUUGUAAAAUUCAAAUUAAUGGCUUCAUGAUUACUGAUCCAGACGGUGUGGAUGUUGGACCCGCGCUUUUCCUCAAAGCCGCUCGUCUAGAUCAUUCUUGUGUUCCUGACUUGCAGUACGUAUUUUCAAAUCGUCAAAUUGUUCUGUGUAGAUACCCUUCAUCUACGUGUUCGGCGUCACCCCACAUUAGUUACUGUGAUUGUAUGACAACCACUGAAGAAAGACAAAGGUAUCUGUUGAAUAACUAUUACUUUAAAUGUGAAUGCAGUUUAUGUGUAGAUACCAACCGUGAAAAAAAGAUUACAUCACUCAUUUGUUGUUCAUCUGACUGUUUAAGUGAACCACUACAAUUUGACAAACUACCUUCUUCCGUUAAAUUGAAGGAAUGUAACAAUGAUAAACUACCAAAGCCCAUUAUAGUCCGUUACUGUUUUGUAUGCCUCCGAGUCUACGAUGAUAAGCUAAUAAAUCGAAUUGCAGAUAAUCUGUAUGGCAAAACUGAAGUACAUUCAGAUGUUGAUACUGCUCUAGAUGCGCUAAUUAUGUACUUACGCUGUUGUCAAAUUGAUGAAUCUAUACAAAAUAUCCAAUUGAAAUCAGUUAAGGAUAUACAACUUGAAGAAUCUUGUUCUUAUUAUAAAUUAUUUGGCCAUAAAGACAGUUUAUACUUAGCACGAUGUUGUUCUCGUGUUCGAUUUAUACAUGCAAUACCAUUGAAUUCAUUACUAGAUAAUUUGAAUGGUCGUCAUCAAUAUAAUAAAACGAAUUUCAAAGUUUUUAAAGAUUCCCUAGUAAAUAUUGUUAUUGCUAGCAGUUUGAGUGAAUUCUACUGGAGAACAACUUGGUUAUUGUCAGAUCGUUUACAACUUGGUCGACUGGUUUAUUCAGUCACCUCUUUCCUAUUAUCCCAUAUAAGUGAUACUAGUGAAUUUCACAACUGUAACCGAAUGGAUAAAGUUAAAAAUUAUCUGAUACAUCCAUACAAUACAUACAAUAAUUUAGAUUGUCUAGGUCGUGUUUUAUGUAAAUUUUCAAGAAUAGCAUAUGAUGUAUUAAGUCCACUAGCUGCUUAUAAUCCUGAUUGGCAAAAAUGUAUGAGCAUAAUUGAGUAUUAUAAAGCUCAAGAUAUUGAAGAUAUUGAUAUAAUAAAUAAUCAACUGAAAUUAGUGUGACUUAAUGGAUUUUAUUUUAAAUAACUUUAAUGUUCUGAUUCAGUAUAUGUACAAAUCCUCUACAAAGUGCAUUUAAAUUUCGAAUAAAUUCGAAGAGAUUUGAUUCUUUUGUUAUACAAUUUAUUUUGUAAAGCUGUGUAUUUAAUUAUUUACGUUUCUUGAAUAAAUCAAUUUAUAUCAUUAACAAUGACUAUGAAAUAUCCUUCGCUUUGUUACUAUGUUAAUAUGUAUUACUUUACAGCAAUCUGAAUAAGUCCGAAAAUAUUAUGUUC